AUGACUUCCAUUCCUACCGGCCAGUCCGAGCAAACCAAAAGCAAAGGCAAGCACGCGAGCACUGCCUGCCUGGGAUGCCGCAGGCGGAAGAUCAAGUGUGACAACGUGAAGCCGAAAUGUUCCAAUUGCGUGCUAUAUAGUCAGGAAUGCGUGUUCCAGUAUGGUUUUGAUAAGCGGAAAAUUGCUCCCAAGGACAGGUUGCAAGCCUUGACGGCCUACUGUCAGGAGUUGGAAUCUCUGCUUACUGCAAAUGGGUUUCCUCUCCCACCGGCUCCUCCACUACACGUGCAGAAGAGAGCCACCAGCCAGCAUCCUGCUUAUGUGUUGCCAGAAAGCCAAGCUCAGCUUGCGUUGAACUCGACAGAUCAGACGUCGAGCAACGAGUGGCUAGAUCAAAAGAGUAACGAUGACCGGUCUCUGACUGCUCUUGCAAGAGACUCGUCUUGGGAUGGCGACUACUGUUAUCCUGGAUCGUCUCCGGACCAGCCGGUUCCGGAAGCAGACAACUCAAAUGCUUCGUCAGAUCUACUAGUGGAUCAACUGUCAGGGAGGAUCGGUUCCCUGCAGAUUGCGGAAGAUGGACAAUUGCGUUUUUAUGGCGCGACGUCGAACCUGCAUAUCUUGCACAAUGGCCCUUUGUCCUUGUCUCGGGCGAAUUUUCGUUCUCCUUCAGAAAACGGCGCCGAUCUUCUUCGAGGAGCAGGCGUCGGCCAUCUGGUUGAACAAGACCUUGAAGAACACCUUCUGAAACUCUACUUCUGCUGGGAGGAUCCGAGUAUCCAUGUCGUCGAUGAGUUUACCUUCUGGAGAGAGCGCAGGAAGUGCUUAUCGACCAACUAUCUCUCCUCCUUCUACUCGGAAGUAUUGGCAAAUGCGAUGUGUGCUGUCGGAGCCACAAUGACCUCAAGGAGAUGCGCCCACCUGCCAGAGCCGCUCCCAGACUUCUUUGCCACGAGGUCAAAACUGCUCUUGGACCUCGAAAUGGACGCACCUACUCUAUCAACAGUGCAGUCUCUCGUCGUACUCAGUGCUGUAGAAGCCGCGCUCACAAGGGACGCACGUGGAUGGCUCGAUAGUGGAAUGGCUGUAAGGCUUGCUGUUGACCUAGGACUUCACCUGGACCCUGAGCCGUACGUACAAGCAGGCAUCAUCUCGGCCGAAGAGGAGAUGAUUCGAAAGGUAGUGUGGGCCGGUGUCUUCGUGCAUGACAGAAUGUGGAGCCUGUACGUCGGCAGGCCUGUCGGACUUGACGACAAACAUAUUACUGUGCGAAUCUCGCUCCCCGAAGUCUUCAGAGCAAAGGUUCCAAGAUAUUGGUGUCCAUACGUUGAUGACAACAAAAGCACAGACUCACCAGUCGUUCUCGACUCCAUUGAUGACCUGUGCGUCUGGAAUGUCAAGCUGUGCGCGCAUAUGACUGCCAUCCGGGAAACGCUAUAUCCUGAUGGUAUCAGUGAUCUGAAAAGUCUGAGACAGUUGUGUGACUUUGCAAGUCAGAUGAGCCACAAAUUGGCAGACUGGCGAGACAGUCUGCCUCCGAGCCUCGCUGUCGAUUACACAGACACUGCAACAUACUAUCUUCCACAUGUACUCCAGCUCCAUAUGCAAUACCAUUGUGUAGUCAUUAUUACGAACCGUCCGUUCUUCGCUUCGGCAAAGACGAUGCCUGAGCUCACGCAAUUGGACAUUGCCAGGCGCCGGAAUACUUGCACAGAUUCAGCAAACUACUUCGCGAAACUGGUCGACAUCUAUCGACGACUAUAUGGCCUUCGAAGAAUCAACGUACAAGCCGUCCAUCUUCUCUUCACUGCCACCUUGAUCCAUGUGUUCACGGCGUGUGGAGCGCUGGACCAAAGAAGAAGUGACAAUGCUUGGAACAACCUCGAAAUCUGCUGUCAAGCACUCAGUGAAAUGAGCCUAUCUUUCAAGAAUGCGUCAAGAGCAUUGGAAGUGAUCAUGAGCAUCAAAAGCGAUCUCCUGAGAAGGUCCCGGGCCAAAUUGAAGCGGCCGAACCCAUGGAAUGAUGGACAGGACUUUGAUGCUGGCUCUCAACGGAAACGGCGUCCAACCGAGCCUGAAAGUGAGUUGUUCAGACCCGUUGGAAAUAUCCAGCCUUCCAGCCUCGACGCUACCUUUCUCGGGUCAGCCGAGCCACUUAAUUUCUUCGACACCUCUUACGAUGAGUUCUCCCUCGACACACUGUUUUGGACGGGCUUCAACUCAUUGGAGCUGCCACAUCUCCCACCUCAAGAUCCGAACAAUGAGCCUUGA